GGGGGGUUCGACAAAUAUGUACUUCACCCUUAAGUAAAUAAUCACAUUUAUGCAAUAGUCUGAAAUGUCCGAAGACAAUUUAUUAUCAGUGUUAAAAAGGAAUAGAUCACAAUUUAAGAUGAGCAAUGAAACUGAUAAGAAUAAGUUUCUUUUUUGAAACAAAAAUAUUUUUUGUAAACAUCCGUUCUUAUAGAAAUCAAUAAAUAAAUCUUAUUCUCACUGUAACAUAUUUAUCUUGUUUCUUGUUGUUGUAUUUCUUUUAUCAAACAAAAGUUACUUUUUAUUUUCGUGAAUACAUUUUGAAAACCAAUUUAAAUGAAAGUUAUUUAUACCGAAUUAAAUUGUAUUUCAAAGUGAAUUCGACCCGACCAAAGUAGCUCGUGCUAGUUCAGCUUCUGAAGGUUUAUGCAAGUGGAUAUUAGCCAUGGAACAGUAUGAUCGUGUAACUAAAAUUGUAGCACCAAAGCGUAUUAAAUUAGCUGAAGUUGAAUUAACAGAGAAUAUGGCAUGUUUAAAAAAGACACAAGAUGCAUUAGUUGAAAAUGAAGCUAAAUUAGAAAAUUUACAAAAUCAACUUAAAUCUACACAAAACGAGAAAAAACGCCUGGAAGAUGAAGUAUCAAAUUGUGCAACUAAAUUAGAAAGAGCUACAAAGUUGAUAGGUGGCUUAGCUGGUGAGAAAGACCGUUGGCAUCAAGCAGCUAAAUAUGUUGAAAAAUUAUAUGAUAAUCCUAUUGAUUUAAACAUAUUUUACACUUCAAUCAUCAAUAGCUCUGAUUUGUUUCAAAUGUCAAUUUAUCAAGAGGAAGUUGUCCAUUAA